UUAUCCUCUGAUCUCCCAUUAUAUCUAAAAUCUCUCUCUCUCUGUGAAGAAAUGGAUGUAGAAAACAGAGCAUCAUUAACCUACGACUCCUCCGACCUCAUCAUCUCUUCCUUAACAGAUCAAUGGCCCGAUUUCCCCCUCAAACUCAACGACAUGAUUGUCUUCAACUCCCUCCACGACGCCGUCGUUUUUGGCCUUUCCCCACUCCAUUCCUCCUCCGCCGCCGCCCAGCUCCCGACCGUUAAACCCGACCCCGGCUUCUCUGCACCAACCAAGGCUUUGUCGCCGCCCUUGGGCUGCCGAGGGCAGCACUACCGAGGGGUCCGACGCCGACCCUGGGGGAAGUAUGCGGCGGAGAUUCGAGACCCGGCCAAGAGUGGCGCACGUGUGUGGCUCGGCACGUACGAGACGGCUGAGGAUGCGGCGUUGGCUUACGACCGCGCCGCUUUCCAAAUGCGCGGCUCUAAGGCCUUGCUUAAUUUUCCAAACCGCAUUGGCUCCGGUGACCCGCCGCCACAUAGAGUCUCGGCUCGACGCCGACAACAUGACCUAAUUAUUACCACUCAAGGUUUGGCUAACGCCUCGGCUAAGAGGAGAAAAGCCACGGCUAACAAGGAAGCCAAGCCGGUGAGAGACUCCCAAAUGGCUAUGUUGCCAGUUGGCGAGCAGCUAUUGGUCAGCUAGUUUAAUGCAAAUAAUACGAGUGGUGGAAAAAUGUAAUACAAAUAAUAAUGAUACAAAGUAUAUGAUAAUGUAGAAACAUUUAUCCUUUGGUAUAUAAUAAUGAUAUAAAGUAAAUAACCGAAAUAAAAGUCGAUGUAACUUUAUUUUUUAGUAUUUAAUUAUUUUUUCCAAA